AGACAAUGCAUCAGUUCGUUUAAAUGGUGGUCUCACACCGUCAGAGGGAUUUCUCGAACUAUCGACAUCAUUAGGUAGAUGGACGAGAGUCUGCGAGGAAAUCCUACCGGAAAGGGUAGCAGAAGUAAUUUGUGGAGAGCUUGGCUAUCCUGGUGUCAAAGAUAUCAUCUUUCUGAAUGGGACAUGUCUUUCGGACAAUCUUACACAAAACUGUACAAGAGCUCCAAGUUGCAGAGAGUAUACGUAUCGUUUGGUUGAUUGCACAUUCAAGUAUUCAAGCUGCGAAUCUGACCAGGUUGUGAACAUAAAAUGUCACGAGCCCGGAUAUAGAGGAUGUUACAAGCUUCAAACGAACCAAUUACGGAACAGGUCCACAUAUACGUUUUCAUCAACUGCACAUUGUAUGCACUUGUGUAAAACACAUGGGAUCAAAAUUAUCGCUCUCAUGAAUAAAACGGAUUGUGUUUGUUCCCCAUCUGCGGAGGUCCAACUUGAUGAUGUCUCAAAGUGUGUCGAUAAUUCGCCUUUUGAAUCAAACGUGGAAAUUUAUGAUGCUUCUGUAGGUUUCUGUGAAGAGCUCAACGACACGAUUGGUGGAUCAUGGGAUCCUAUCAUCACAUGGUUUGGUUCGAUCGUUCAUCUUACCUGUAUGGAUGGAUAUACCCUGAAAGGCAAUGGAACCAUCCAGUGUGUGCCAGGAGGAACGCCAUACUAUCCAAUAUGGAAUGAUUCGAUUCCAAAUUGUGAAUUAAAAGGUUCCACUGCAUUGCCUGAUGGAGAUACAAGUGUUUCAGAUGGUGGACGAGGUCAACAAAUCUAUGCCACAGUCAUUCCAGUGGUCUUGGUAUCAUUAGUGUUGUUGUGCUGUUGGAUAUGGAGAUUCCAGCAGAGCAAGGGACACACAGACAUCACACACUCAACUCUCACAACCCAUCCAGGAACAGCAGCCCCUUCAGUCUCAGCAAGAAACACAGAUGAUUCAAACAGGAGCAACGCAGUGCGAAGUAGCAACAGACCACCCAAUCCCAGCACAAACCACUCAACAACACCUAGAGUUGUGAUACCAUUGGCAGUACCUGAGAAUACACCUGAACAACCCUUACAUACACAUGGUCCACCUUUUCCACGACAUAAUAUGUCAAGUCACAUAUUUCGUCUGCCUCAUCAGAAUUAUCCAAGAAGCAAUAAUCAAUAUGUGUCCUCGCCCAGUGCCCCAAUUCCGCAUUACUACGCAUCUAGCUCUGAUUAUAGGUCAGAUGAUACUGUCAGGUUGGAAGCCGCUUACCAAGAACCGACUUCUGUGGAGAUUUAUAAUCACGCAUACGAAGGUACAACUGAUGAUGUACAGACAAACAUAAUGCUGGAAAAUGUCAAUUCAUACCACUAUAUAUCUAGCUCACUGGAAAUAGGUAGUGGUAGUGCAACGAGUUAUGAAGGAGCCUAUCAAGUACCGUCCGCUGUGGAUAUGGUUGAUCAUGAUUAUCAAGGUACAUCUGAUGAACAGGAACAGUCAAAGGCAGUGCUUUCUGGAGGAAUAUCUAUGGAAUUUCGCCCUUUGCCACAUAGACCAUCAUCUGCUAACUGCAACGAAGGGCCAACUCUGCCUCCUAGAAAAUCCUCACGAGGCCCAAAACAUUUUCUUGUGAACCAGAGAGACAGUAAUAUCGACCCAGAAAACAAUAAUUUUCCCAGAGCUUUCUCAGUAGAUUCAAAAGGAUUACACCACAUCCCCAAGAAACAUGAACAAGAAAAAGAAGGGAUGGGCCAAGAUAUGACCCCUUUCUACCAUACUCUCGAAAAAUAUGAACUACCAAGGAGCCUUGGGCAAGAUAACCAAGGUCCAUAUUUGGGAGAUGGCCACCUUGCACACAAUGCACCAAUCAAUACAAAUUCACAGGGCAAUACCAUUCGUAGUAGGGUCUAUGGCAAUACUGACUUGACAGACACAGAUAGGAUGAUUGACAAUGUCCUUUAUGUUCCCAUGACAUCUUGCCAAAAGAAAUAUUCACAUUCUUAGUACUCAGGACAACCAAUACCAACCAGACUUACUGAGGAAACCAACUUAAUAUC